CGGAGAGCGGAGCGGCGGCCCCGCUCCUGGGCUGCAGCGCCUCGGACCUGGGCGUCGACUCGCUCAUGGCCGUCGAGAUUCGGGUGUGGACCUACAAGGCCGCGGGGUAGGACGUGCCCGUCAUGAGGAUCCUGGCGCCGCCGAGCAUAGCGCGCCUGUGCGCUGACGCCGCGGGCGUGGUGGUCGCUGGGAGGAAGGAGGUGAGUAAGGAUGGCUCUAAUGGUUCUCAGGGGGCGGUUGCGGCGGCCGAGAGCAAAAAGCAAGCGGCUGCUGUGGUCUCGCAUGACGACCAGGGCAUUGCUACUGCUGUUGCUGCUGCUGCGAACAGCCCUCAGGUUUCUGCGAGCGGCUCGACCAUUUCCAAGGACGGCGUUGCCUCUGUCAACACAAUCACCUGACGGUGGACUAUCUCUUGCUGCUUAGCACUCUAAGGGCGGCUUUUAUUGGUUUUGUACUUAUCACAG